AUGUCGUUUCUGGCAUCUGGCGUCUUCGGCAAUUAUGACCACACCGGUCAGACGGCCGGGGUGCCUCCAGAUGGCCACGCACGUAGACUCGACUACACUGACGAGGAGAUCGUGUCGCCUGCCGGACAUACCGCUGACGGUGCCAACACGCGGACGACGUCGCUGACGGAGACGGGCUCUGCUCCUGAUGGGAUCUCGCGUGGCGAGAAAGAGGUCGCACCGUCGGGCAACAACGGCAGCUCGGACGACGAAGACGAUGACCAGGGCACCGACAUGCAGCGCCGCACGAGCCGGGUGCAGGAGCUGGCUCGCCACUACACCAACGUGUCGAUGGCAUCGGGCGUCGUUCCACCUGGUUCGAACCCGUUCACGGAGCUCUCCAACGCGGACUCGCCGCUCAAUCCCAACGGCGAAAAGUUUAGCGCUCGUGCCUGGGCCAAGGCCGUGGUGCAGAUGAUCCAGAGCGAGGGGCACCACUUCCGGACGUCGGGCGUGGCUUUCCAGAACCUCAACGUGUUUGGUCACGGUGAGGCUACGGACUACCAGAAGGAUUUCCUCAACGUCUGGCUGGAGGGUGCCGGCAUUGUGCGUCGGAUGCUCAAGAUUGGCCAGCGCCAGAUCGACAUUCUGCAGAACUUUGACGGAGUGGUGCGCAAGGGCGAAAUGUUGGUCGUGCUGGGGCCUCCCGGUGCCGGCUGCACGACGCUUCUCAAGACCAUUGCUGGCGAGACCAACGGUCUCUUCGUGGACGACAAGUCAUACUUCAACUACCAAGGUUUGGCGGCUCACGAGAUGCACACUCGCCACCGUGGCGAGGCCAUCUACACGGCCGAAGUCGACGUGCACUUCCCGCAGCUGUCAGUCGGUGACACGCUCACGUUUGCUGCUCGUGCGCGUGCGCCCCGGACGAUUCCCGGCGGCGUGCCGCGCCACGAGUUUGCCCACCAUCUGCGUGAUGUCGUCAUGGCCAUGUACGGCAUCUCGCAUACGGUCAACACGCGUGUCGGCAACGAGUAUGUUCGUGGUGUGUCGGGUGGUGAGCGGAAGCGUGUCACCAUUGCUGAGGCGACGCUCUCGGGCGCGCCGCUGCAGUGCUGGGACAACAGUACCCGUGGUCUCGACAGUGCCAACGCGGUUGAGUUCGUCAAGACGCUGCGCCUGCAGACCGAGCUCUUCGGCAACACGGCUGUCGUGUCCAUCUACCAGGCCCCUCAGAGCGCCUACGACCUCUUCGACAAGGUGCUGCUCAUCUACGAGGGUCGCCAGAUCUACUUUGGUCCUACUGCCGCUGCCCGCCAGUACUUUAUCGACCUCGGCUUCUACUGCGCCGACCGUGCCACCACGCCCGACUUCCUGACCUCCAUGACGUCUCCGAAGGAACGGAUUGACCGCAAGGGCUUCGAGGGCCGCACGCCACGCACGCCCGACGAGUUCGCCGCCGCAUGGCGCAACUCGGACGCUUACAAGGCCGUGCAGGCCGACAUUGAGGAUUACAAGCAGGCCCACCCGAUCGAUGGUCCCGAUGCCGUGGCUUUCCGCGAGCUUAGGCGCGAGCAGCAGGCAUCCGCCCAGCGGCCAAAGAGUCCCUUCACGCUUUCGUACGGUCAGCAGAUCAGCCUGUGUCUGUGGCGUGGAUUCCGUCGUCUUAUCGGCGACCCCAGUGUCACGCUUUCUAUGCUCUUUGGUAACUUCUUCAUGUCGCUCAUCGUCGCGUCGGUCUACUACAAUCUGCAGCCUACUACGGCCAGCUUCUUCCAGCGCGGCGCCCUGCUCUUCUUCGCCUGUCUUAUGAACGCCUUCUCCAGUGCCCUCGAAAUUCUCACGCUCUACUCGCAACGGCCUAUCGUCGAAAAACACGCCCGUUACGCUCUCUAUCAUCCGUCCGCCGAGGCGGUGGCGUCUAUGUUGUGCGACAUGCCGUACAAAAUCGGUAACACGAUCAUGUUUAAUUUGGCGCUGUAUUUCAUGACAAAUCUGCGGCGAGAACCGGGUCCGUUCUUCUUUUACCUGCUCAUCAGCUUUACCACCGUGCUGGUCAUGUCCAUGAUCUUCCGCACCAUCGGCUCGGCAUCACGCACACUCUCGCAGGCCAUGGUGCCGGCAGCCGUGAUUAUCCUGGCUCUUGUCAUCUUUACUGGUUUCGUCAUUCCGAUCGACUAUAUGCACGGCUGGUGUCGCUGGAUCAACUACAUUGACCCGCUGGCUUACUCUUUUGAGUCGCUCAUGGUCAACGAGUUCCACAACCGCCAGUUCCUGUGCAACGUGUACGUGCCUUCGGCCACGGUGGCCGGCUACGAGAAUGUGACGGGUGUGCACCGCGUCUGUUCGGCCGUCGGCUCCGUUGUUGGCUCUGACUACGUGGAUGGUGACCGGUACCUCAACCUGGCCCUGCGCUACUACCAUGCGCACAAGUGGAGGAACUUUGGCAUUCUGUGCGGCUUUGUUCUCUUCUUCCUGUUCACGUACAUUGUCGCGGCCGAGCUUGUGUCGGAAAAGAAGUCCAAGGGCGAGGUUCUGGUCUUCCGGCGCGGCGGGCAGCCCAAGUCUCUGACGAACGGUAGCAAGGGCGACGCAGAAUCGGGCUCACGCGGGCCCGGCACGGCGGUUGCCAGUGGCGGUGAGAGUAGCGACAAGGAGGGCGGUGCCGGCUUCAUCGACAGCCAGCGCAGCGUGUUUCACUGGCAGGACGUGUGCUAUGAGGUCAAGAUCAAGGCGGAAACCCGGCGCAUUCUGGACCAUGUCGACGGUUGGGUCAAGCCAGGCACGCUGACGGCCCUUAUGGGUGUGUCUGGUGCCGGUAAGACUACGCUUCUGGAUGUUUUGGCUGACCGGACGUCUAUGGGCGUGAUUACCGGUGACAUGUUUGUGGACGGACACGAGCGCGACCACUCGUUCCAGCGGAAGACCGGUUACGUGCAACAACAGGAUCUGCAUCUCGAGACGACAACGGUGCGCGAGGCUCUCAACUUCAGUGCCCUGCUUCGCCAGCCUGCCCAUGUUCCCCGCCAGGAGAAGCUCGCUUAUGUGGAUGAGGUGAUCAAGCUGCUGGAAAUGGACGAGUACGCAGACGCCGUCGUCGGUGUUCCUGGCGAAGGUCUGAACGUCGAACAACGCAAGCGUCUUACGAUCGGUGUCGAACUCGCUGCCAAGCCUCCGUUGUUGCUGUUCGUGGACGAGCCGACCUCUGGUCUGGACUCGCAGACGUCAUGGGCCAUCCUGGACCUUCUGGAAAAGCUGACCAAGAGCGGACAAGCGGUUCUUUGCACGAUUCACCAGCCGUCGGCCAUGCUGUUCCAGCGCUUCGACCGGCUGCUCUUCCUGGCUCGCGGCGGACGGACUGUGUACUUUGGCGAAAUCGGCAAGAACUCCCACACAAUGACCAGCUACUUUGAGCGCAACGGUGGCCACGCUUGCCCUGCUGAUGCGAACCCGGCUGAGUGGAUGCUCGAGGUGAUUGGCGCAGCGCCCGGCACGUCUUCCGAAGUGGACUGGCGACAGGCCUGGCUGGACUCUCCGGAAUAUGCGGCUGUCAAGACUGAACUCCUGCGACUGCGCGAGCACCCGGCAGAGCAGCCGGAGGCGACCGCGGCCGACUACCGCGAGUUUGCGGCGCCGUUCGCUGUGCAGGUCGUCGAGGUCUCGCACCGUGUGUUCCAGCAGUACUGGCGGACGCCGUCUUACAUCUACAGCAAGAUGGCACUCUGUGUUCUGGUCGCGCUCUUUGUCGGCUUCUCUUUCUUCAAGGCGCCCCUGACGAUUCAGGGCGUGCAGAAUCAGAUGUUUGCCCUCUUCCAACUACUCACCGUUUUCGGUCAGAUGGUCCAGCAGACGAUGCCCUACUUUGUCAUCCAGCGGUCCCUCUACGAAGUGCGCGAGCGGCCAUCCAAGGUGUACAGCUGGCGCGUCUUUAUGCUGUCGCAGAUCGUGGCCGAGCUGCCGUGGAACACGCUGAUGGCUGUGCUGAUGUUUUUCUGCUGGUACUAUCCCGUCGGGCUGUACGCCAACGCCGGCGACGCGCUGCACGAGCGUGGUGUGCUCAUGUUCCUCUUCCUGUGGUGCUUCUUGCUCUUUACCUCUACCUUCACCGACAUGAUCAUUGCCGGUUUCGAGACGGCCGAGGCUGGUGGCAACAUUGCCAAUCUGCUCUUCAUGAUGUGCCUGAUCUUCUGUGGUGUCCUGGCCUCGCCCUCGGAGAUGCCGCACUUCUGGAUCUUCAUGUACCGCGUCUCGCCCUUCAACUACCUCAUCUCAGGCAUGUUGGUGACGGGCAUCGCCAACUCCAAUGUUACGUGUGCAGCCAACGAGUUUGUCACUAUUGUGCCGGUCAACAAUCAGACCUGCCUCGAGUACAUGGGGCCCUACAUGCAGGCAGAGGGCGGUUAUCUGCUGGACAACAAUGCGCGCGACCCGUGCGGAUUCUGCAAGUACGACAGCACCAAUACCCUGCUGUCGGCCUUUGGCGCUGAGUACGGCGACCGGUGGCGCAACUUUGGCAUCCUCUGGGCGUACAUCAUCUUCAACAUCGGUGCUGCCCUCGGCGUCUACUGGCUCUUCCGCGUGCCCAAGCACACCAAGACAGGCGGCAAGCACAAGGCCGAGAAGCCGAAGAAGGUCGAGUAG